GUGUUCAUGUGAGUGCCCGGGGCGCCAUCUACUCCCGUAAACAAAGCUCGUCUGCUACUACCCUCUCAUAGUGGUCCAAGAGGAAGUACUCUCACUUGAUGCUGCAUAUACCAACAAUGAAGCAUUUGAUAAGGUGUUGGUGAGAUGGCUGAGGGUGGUGACAGUGGCGGUGGUGGGACAGGUGGUGCCCUCCCUGAUCUAGUUGCUCAGUGCUACUACCGCUACGGACUUCUUGUUGCCACUCACCCCAAGAAAGUUAUUCUCCUAGCAAUAUCGUCUUUCCUCAUUUUGUGUACACCAUUGUGGCAUUUACCUCUACCUGGAUACCUACCACAAGAGUAUGUGACAUCUCUGUUCAACUAUAGUGUUCCCCUCCCAGCUCCUGAGGGAGGGAUAAGACUAGAUCCGUCCCCAACUCCCACUCCACUGUGGUAUCAAGGUCCACCAUGUGCAUACAUUCAACAGAUUGUAGUUAAGAGUGCCGUGGUUCCAUGGCAGAAGGGUUUAACAGUCAGUGAUGGUUACCGUGGUCCUCUCUCCUCCGUCUUCCAUCUUGCCCAGACUAUCAGCAACUACCAAUUGAGUCACAAUACAAGUGUUACUUUAGGGACAGAAUGUCUUCUUAUUGAGGGUGUUGUGAAGAAGAUGCAAGCUGCUGGACAGGUCCUUCCUCAUUACAACUGUUUGAUGCUGUCUCCUGCUGACCUGUGGGCACGGAACCAGUACUCCUUUCUCCAGGACCCUCACGUCCUCUUGACUGUUAACUCGCUUAUGGCAAGUUAUGAGGGUCAGACCAAUGUAGCAGAUAUUCUGUUUGGAGUACCUUCUCGUGAAAUUGGCUUCCGGCGUAGCAGGAAUCCUCAGCGUGUCAUCACAUAUGCAGUAACUCUGGCACUAAAGAGAUACAAUGAAAAAUUUGUUAGUGGAUUGGAAAAAGAGUUAACAACUCGCUACCCUGUACAUCAACCUGUUCGACCUGGAAGAGAGGAGAUCACUCAUAUCUACUUCCCCUCACGGAUGUCUCUCUGGGAAUUUCUUCUAAUGAUUUUCUACUGUUUUUUAUUUGGGUCUAUAUACUUUUCUAUAUUGAAGAUGGACAUGUUCAAGAGCAAGUUGGGUAUGGCCAUUAGUAUUCAGGCCACAUUGAUAGCUUCACUCUGCAUCUCCGUAGGCUUUUGUGCAUAUUUUGGUCUCAGACCAUUGCACAGCAAAGGGAAGUAUGUAUACCCAUUCCUUGCUGGCUUGAUUGGCUUUGAGAACAGUAUGGCAUUAAUAAGAUCAGUUUUAUCAACUCCUUCACACUUGGACAUCAAAAUUCGUGUUGCACAAGGCUUAGCGCGGGAAGGGUGGACAAUAACCAAAUAUUUUUUGACUACAAUCACUAUUGUUACAGUCUCAUUCUUCCUCUUCAUUCCACUUGUUCAAGAAUUCUGCAUUUAUGGCAGUGUUGUGCUGCUGUGUGAUCUCUACAUGCAGCUCAUCUUUUUGACUGCUGUGCUGUCUAUUGACCUCCGUCGGUAUGAAGAUUCAGAAGAACAGAAAAAGCAAUCAUUAGCAAAUAGUGGACCAUUUUCUGUAAAUCCUCUGUUCAGAUAUCAACAUCAUAGCCCUAAUCCAAAUGUCAGAAUUCUUGUCAGCAAUUCUGAGAGGACUGGGACAUCUGUGCCUAACCUUCACCGCAGAAAUGCACCAUCUGAAUCGUCCAUUAAGUGCAGUGGGCGAGAUCGAGUUGCUCACCCUCAAGCAACACCCCAGAACUCAAACAUGAUGCCUAAAAGAUUACGUGUAGCAUACUUUGUUGCAAAAAAGCGAAUGUUUCAGAGGAUGUUCAUGUGUGUAUUUGUUGGGUGGAUUGCAUUUAUGAUUUACAGUUCAGGACUCAUAGAGCAUUUCUCUGAACCAAUGAGUGACCAACACAGACCAAGGGACUUACCCUCUGUUAUAUUCUCCUUGACGAAUCGUUCCAGUUAUGUAUAUCAACCCGAGGUAUCUAUACCACCUCCCCAUAAUGUUGGUCAGACUCAACCUCCUAACUCAGCUGCCAUAACGACUCAACCAUCAACUGCCAUAAAUACCACUGUUUCCAAAGAUGAUGAAAUUAAACUCCUGAAGCAUCGCACAAGAUCUCUUUUGCGUAAACUGCCACAUACACACUGGCCAACCUUGUUUAGUUAUUAUAACAUCAGUGUGACUGGACAUUACCUCAGUAUACUUCCACCAAUUCUGGUGUCUCUACCAGUAAAACCAGAAGAUGCUCUGAAUGUCCACAACCCCAGUGAUCCUAACACAGCUCCCUGGAUAGCAGACAAUGCUCAGAUUCAAGACUCUGAAGAUUCCGAGGAGACAGAUUGGCAAGAGGAAUCGGCUUUCAUACCGUCGUCGUCCGGAGAGCUGUUGCUGACAGCCGUCCUGGUGAUUCCUGCUGUGCUUUUCCUGGUGUAUGCCAUGGUAGCACUGUAUCAUUGCAUUUGUUCUCGUAAUUAUGCUGAAUGGAGAGCCUCCUGGUGGGGUCAGGAUGGGACUAAAGAUGAAACAUCACAGAUCAUUGGAGAUGCAUUACCUCUCGUGCUUGCUGGCCACCCUCAUGAUGUGGAGUGCAUGUGCACCGAUGGCGUGUUGUUGGUGUCCUCCUGUCUGGCGGGCAUCAUUCGUGUGUGGGAUCCUAGUACAGGGGAAUGUGUUGCCAAUAUAAAUAGACACAGUCACAAGAAACCUGACUUUCGAAUGGGUUCACCAGACCUUGCAGAUGACUUUCAUUCUGACUAUGAGUCUGGUUCACCAAGAUCACAGCCAGGAGACAUUAACUUCUUCAGAAAAAAUGCAAGUGAUUCAUGGCUAGAUGAAGAAGAGAAGGAUAAUGAAUCAGAGACUGUGGAUCAGUUAGACUCUGCAAAGGGACAUCAGCAAAACAGUUCAUCAGGGAACCUCUUUCAUGUGUUUCCAGAUCUUAGUCCUUCCAUUGAUCUCCACUUUCACAGCCGUUCAGCAGAGUCUCGCAGCAGUGGUUGUUUUAGUCAUUUUGAAAAAUACUAUGAAGAGCACAAAAAAUUACUUAAAGAUGAGGAAAAAUAUAGACUGAGACGGGGAAGAAAAACUUCGGAUUGCAUUGAACAUUCGGCCACUGGCAGUGUAAACAAAAAUAUGAUGAUAAGGUCGCCGUCCUACACAGAAACCUCUUCAGGUUACAAACAAAAAAAACAUUGUAGAAACCUCAGUGCAGGGAGCAUUCCAGUAGGUGCUCUCUUUGGACACAGUGGGAGUGCUGUUAAAGGAUCUGUAGAUGGGGAAGGAGGGAGUACAACAGAGGAGGAACUUCCUCCUAUUUGGUGCCUUGAGUGUCAGGAUGCACUAGUGAUAGUGGGCUGUGGUUCAGGGCGGAUAGAAGUAUGGGAUCUCUAUAACAGUGUACUCAAGUGUAUAUAUGACGAAGGUAUUAGAGCAGGAGUUACUUCAAUGCGUCUGUCAGGGAACCGUAUCAUGGUUGCUAGACUGAAUGGUGCUGUUGAUAUGCUGCAGCUUGAGCCAACUAGUUUUUGUCAGCACACAUCUGACACAUUUCAAACAUUUAAACCAGGUCACAGUCGAGGCAAUAGUAGAGAUUAUGGUAAUGGGGGAUGGACAUUUGGAUAUGAUGAGGCAAUAAGACUAGUUAGAUAUGCUGGUAUGCGUGCUCAUCAGCAGCCCAUCACUGUCAUGACCUGUGACCACACGAGACUCAUCACUGGUGCACAUGAUCAUACACUUAAGGUAUUCAGCAUGGUAGAUGGCAGUGCUCUGUUCACCUUGCAUGGGCAUUGUGGUCCCAUUACAUCAGUUUUUAUGGAUGGGAGUUUAGGUGCCUUAGGUAGUGAAGGAGAUGUAACGGUUGACCUCGGGGUUGGGGCAAUCAUUGGCAGUGGAUCACAAGAUGGUAUGCUCUGUGUAUGGGAAGUUGUGACAGGUGCCUGUGUUUAUAGUGUACAAGCCCAUGAUGGAGUCAUAACCACUCUCACUUGCACAACAAGCUACAUCUUGUCUCUGGGUGGAGAUGAUAAGCUUUGUGUGUGGGAGAGGUUUCAAGGGCACCUCCUGAAUACUCUCCAAAUGACCCAGAUGUACUGCAGCAGUAUGGUCAUGCUCACAAAUAAACUGUUAAUCACUAGCAGACAAGGUUCAUUAACAGUGUGGGACAUCACAUCAGGAAUUCCAGUGCGUAUGGUGCGCUUAGGAGACCGUGAUGACUCUGUAUUUAUUCGUCACAUGAUGCCUGUUGCUGAUACAAUUGUUUGUGAUUAUGGAAAUCAAUUGAGAGUUGUAAAAUUACCAGUAGCAGAAAAAGUUGACUGAGGAAAAGUUGACUCCAGUAAAUAAUAAAAUAAUGUGAAUUUCAGAAAAUGUUUCUAAUGGAACUUGUGAAGACUUCAUAGCAUUUUAGACACACAAAUUAACUCAUGACUGGACUAUUUAAUACAGAUUCCUUAUGCCAUAAGUAAUUGGUGUAAAAUUGAUUCUAGAUGACCACUCAUAAAAUGAAGUGUUUAUAAUUUAUAGUUAUUUAUACCUGUAUAGGGUUCUAUCUUUUAAAUACUGUAAUGUACUAUAUUGUGUGGUUUUAUAAAUCACAUAGUGAUAAUAUUAUCUCAGUGACAAUGGAAACAGGAACAAAAACAUUUAUAUUAGUAUUUUUUGUUACUGUUACAGUAUACUGUACUGUAUAGAAUUUAGAAAAUAUCAUCCCCACGAAAAUCAAAACUUCUGUGUAUUAACACAUUUUAAUAACUUGGAGGAAGAUCAGAACUUCUCGCUGAUGGAUAAAGAUUAUGUGAAAAUGGUGACCAGUUGGCUAUUAUGUUCUUUAAUACAAGAUGCAACUUAUAGACAGCAUAAGCCAUGUUACCCUAACCAAAGGUUUGUACCAAGUUCAUUGCUUUUUGCUCACUCAUUAGCCUUUUUUAUGCACACAUUUUAUGAAUUUAAAAGAUGCCUUAUCAUUAUUCCCACUUGUAUAUUUUCAUCACAGACACAUGCAAAUGUCUUUAAUAGUAACAAAUAUUGUAAUUGAUUUUAGUGACUUAAUAAUAAGGUAGUUUAUUUGAUGCCUGACAUGAAACUGAGAAGAUAACAUACUGUGUAUAAAGGAUUUAGGGAACUUUCUCAGUGAAGCAGACAAUGUAUUUUCUAUGCAGAGUCAAAGGUUCUGUAUUGCAUUUGGCUUCUGAACUUAUUGAGCCAAACUUGAAGCAUUCUCAUGACAUAGGUUACAUAAAAACCUUAGUUCUUUACUUGUACUGAAGAAAGUUAUUUUUUGUACUGUAUCAUUUAAAUUACAGUAUAAGAAAUUUUUAUAUACUGUAUACCUCGACCUACAAGUUGAGGUGAAGGGUAUUUAAAUAACAAUGCAAUUUUCAAAAUGUUGAUACCCAAUGGCUGUGAAAGGAUUUUUCUGUACAAGUUGCCAAUGUAUUUUGUAAACAAAAUUAUAAGUGGUAAUUAUAAAAAUUACAUGCAUUUCAUGUUGAUCAA